GCAGUCGCCAGCAGUAGAGUUUCCAAACACAAAAUGGCCCCUGCAAGUUAUGCAAAGUAAUAAGCCGUUCAUUUUUUCCCGUUCAUUCAUGAUAUACUAUACAGCGCGAAUCAACUUAAAUAUUGCCGAUGUUUGCGCUAAAUCAAGUUUCAAAAUAAUAAACUUUUAGGGGCCACUUUAUUGUUUAAAAUUUGCAUUAAUUAAGAGUUUACUCUGGCUGCGAACCCCGUUCCGUUUUAAUUCAUAAUUAAAAUCACUUUUCUAUUGAUGGUAGAUGAAAAUGGUGUGCGGUGUUUUUUUUGUUGUUGCUCUCGUCUAUACUCCAUAACUUGAUGUUAUACUUUUCUAAAUGAACAUUUUCCAUCGUUAGUGGAGUGUUUCAGAUCGGCUCGGGAUACAUUUCGUGUGUUUAGCUUUUUAUACGGUUGGUUGUUUGUUUUUAUGGUGUUUUACGGGUGAUGUUUUAAUGUGUAUUGUCGGGAAGGAUACAAAAAAAAACUUUUAUUUUAUUUGGUAACUUUUUUUUGGUGUUGCUUAGGGGACAUAACGCAUUUUGUGGUUGUGUAGUACGAUAAAGUUGGACUGUUAUGAGCUUGUUUUUGCGUAUCUAGUUUAAAUGCCGGAAAAAGUGUUCGUGAUUUUCGAAUUAUUAUUUCUUUGAAACGAAAACAAUACCAAAAAACAGUGUGUUGUGGCUGAAACCGCGUCGCUUAAAACGAAAUUUGUGAAAAUAGAAACAAAAAACCAUUUCGUUUAUCGACAAUAUAGAUGAGAGUCAAUUGAAUUUUACUGCGUGAGAGAGUAAAUUGAAAAUCACAAUUAAACAAGCAGAAAGAAACUCUUCCUAUUUCUACACUUCAUAACUGAACACCGUCAACACACUUAGCCAAAAGCACAAAUACCUCUGUUUAGUAAUAAAUAUUAUGAAACGCAUAUGAUAUGUAUAAGUAUAUAUACACUUCGUCAAGAUAAGCUACUUAUGUGUUUAAUGUUUCUUUUUUUUUCGUCCAAAAAGAUAAGAGCAAAAUAUUGUCAGAGAAGUAUCGAUGUAGUCCUCUUUCACAUACAAUACCCUGAUAGUGUACUCUAAUAAGAAGUCAUACACACGAUGAAAAUUGUGUUUUUAAUUAGUGAAUAAAGUGAUAAAAUUGGAAUUAAAUCAAAUCAUAGCAUUUUAUUGGCUAUUGAUUGGUUGGAAUCGAUUUCAUUAAAAAAAUAUUUUUUUUUUUGGAAACAUUCAGUGUGAGUAAAUUCAGCAAAGACAGAGGAAUAAUGAGGCUCAUAAUUCUAAAUAAUAUGUGCGUGUAGUUCUAAGCGAUUACACGGAUUAUCAGUGUGCGUAGAAGUAGUCCAUUCACAAAAUCCGACACCUUAAUCAAUUAUUCGGCGACAAAAAAGUAACUUUUAAAGUGACCGGCGCGGUGCAUCAUUUAGAUGCUAAAAAUUCCCAUCACUCCAAAAGACACCUCUCUUGUGUUUCAUGGUUUAUACAGACUGUUGAACGCUAUAUCAACCAAGACGGAUGAAAAAAAUGAAAAUAAUUGUUAUGAUUGUGAAGUUAAGUGAAUAUCUGUGUGUUUCAUCGUAAACUAAAUGUCGGUUUGUGUAACAUCGCAGGCAGGAGUUGCCAUGUCAAUUUCUCAUAUGCCAAAACCCUCAUCCAUUAUGCAGGGAUUACCGCAUCAUUUGCAAUCCUCUUUAGUACAAAAUAAUAUGUUUGGAAUGGAUAAUGCACACCGAAAUUUGGACGAACCGAAUCCGGAUAUGCUGUUGGCGUUACUUGCUAGAAAUAAGGCUUUAGAAGCUACAAUCCCGAAAUGUGGCGGAUGUCAUGAGCUCAUUUUGGAUCGUUUCAUCUUGAAAGUGUUAGAACGGACCUGGCAUGCAAAAUGUCUAAAAUGUAGUGAAUGCCACGCUCAAUUAAAUGAUAAAUGCUUUGCACGAAACGGUCAUCUAUUCUGCAAAGACGAUUUUUUUAAGUCACACAGGCGAUACGGAACAAAAUGUUCAGCAUGUGAUCUGGGUAUACCACCGACCCAAGUUGUGCGCAGAGCUCAGGACAAUGUGUACCAUUUGCAGUGUUUCGCAUGUGCCAUUUGCUCCAGACAAUUGAAUACUGGCGACGAAUUUUACUUAAUGGAAGAUCGGAAAUUAGUCUGCAAAUCGGAUUACGAUGCAGCAAAAGCGAAAGGAUUAUACAUAGAUGGAUCACUGGAUGGUGAUCAACCGAAUAAACGUCCCCGCACAACAAUAACGGCAAAACAGUUAGAGACACUGAAGACUGCGUACAAUAAUAGUCCCAAACCGGCUCGACACGUUAGAGAGCAAUUAUCCCAAGACACUGGUUUAGAUAUGCGAGUGGUACAAGUAUGGUUUCAAAAUAGGCGAGCGAAAGAAAAGCGACUCAAAAAAGAUGCCGGCCGAACGAGAUGGAGUCAAUACUUUAGAUCAAUGAAGGGCGGUGGUUCGCCGAGACAUGACAAACUGUUAGAUAAAGAUGAACUUAAAAUUGAUUUAGAUAGCUUUAGUCACCAUGAUUUGAGCAACGAUAGCUAUAGUACUGUAAAUAUGGGUAUGGAAGAUGGUGCAUCGCCACAUAGUGGCAGAGGUUCGUAUAUACACAGUAGUGCUAGUCCGCCACCAUAUCUCUCGAGUCAUUCGCCCACACCAAUGGGACCAGGUUUAUCGUAUUCAUCAUAUCCUGAUAACAUUGUGUAUACAUCAAUAGGUCAACCAGUCAACUCUCUACUACAUGGAUCCCAUCCACAUGGCCUACCAGGAAGUGGCGUGUCUGAUAUGAGCAACGAUUCUAGUCCAACACACGGAUAUCCAGACUUUCCACCCAGUCCUGAUUCGUGGCUCGGUGAUUCAUCGGCACCUACAAAUUUAACAAAUUCAACUCCGGCCGUGCAUUAUUGAUAUUUUAGGAGAAACAAAUCAAAUUUCUAUCAGAAACAAAAGCUAUUUUAUAUGCAACUAAAACCGAAAGGGCAUGAAUGUUUUCAAAUACUUUACUUUCAAUCAGAAAAUUUUAUUUUUGAUUUGAAGGGCAGAUGGAUGACUUACACGUUGGUGGAUCCAUUAAUUUUUAAAAUUUUAUUUUUGUACAUUGUUUUACUUGCAUUGCAGGUCUAAUUUUUAGUUAUUGUGCUCUUCCGGUAUAAAUUCUU